CACCCGCGGCUUUCAGUUGCCAUCGAUAUUAUAAACCUGUUAUAAUAGCGAUGGAUCGCGUUCAGCUUUGUCCAUCUCUAUUUUGUGAACCUUCGAUCUCUGUGUUGUUUUUGCAAAAUUUAAUUAAAAUCGCGCCGAAAUGAAUUCGCCGCUCAAGCAAAGCUUUCAUCCGCCUCUGCAAGGAAAGCCGCACCCAAUGGCGGACUACCAAUCCAUCAGGCACUCUGAAUUGGAGCAACUCUUCGAGAAGAAGUUCCACUACCAAAAGCCACGGGGAAAUGAAUCCUGGCAGUUGCCUUCACAGAAUGAGGCACUCUUUAGCGAGUUUUACCAAUUCGAGGCGCUGCAGGGACUCCGGGAGCAACUAAAUGCGGUGAAAAGCAGACUUAAUGAUUAUGGGGUUCAGGAAUGGAGUGCUCACACCAACCGGCGAGAUCCUUCUGGAGAGGUAUCUUGGCGGCUAAAGAACGAUACGAAGGCGGAGUUUGUGACCGUAGCCUGGUGCAAGUUCUUCGAGUGCCUGCAUCGCUAUCCUUUAGUCAAGUCUCCUGUGGUGAACACCCUCCAUCUUUGCGAGGCUCCGGGAGCAUUUAUUGCGUCGCUAAACCACUACCUGCACAGUAUAUACUCCCCAGAUGAAAUUAACUGGCGUUGGCGAUCGACCACCUUAAAUCCGUAUUACGAGGGCAAUGCUUUGAACCAGAUGAUCACCGAUGACAGGUUUAUCUUCCACACGCUAGACAACUGGCUCUUCCACAAGGAUCUCACCGGAAACCUUCUAGAUGUAGCCAAUAUUGAACAUCUGACGGAACGCUGUUCGGAGGACUUCCAAGGACAAGUGGAUCUGAUCACCGCCGACGGCUCCAUCGAUUGUGCUGCCCAGCCGGAUUGCCAGGAAGAGAUUGUGGUUCGCCUGUUUUUCGCUGAAGUACUUAGCGCCUUAAAGAUUCUCACAAGUGGAGGAAGUUUCCUGGUCAAAAUGUUCACGCUUUUUGAGGCCUGCAGCGUGUCCCUUCUCUACAUGCUAAAUUGCAUCUUUGAAAAUGUCCACAUCUUUAAGCCCGCUACAUCCAAACGUGGAAAUUCCGAAGUUUAUGUAAUUUGCCUGAAUUACCAGAGGAACACACCCGGCUUACCUCAUUUACUGAAAGAGAUGCAAUCCAAGCUUGCUCAGCCUAAUGACACAAUGGUAAUGCCUCUGUUUGCUAGGUCCCAGAUCCCUCCGGAUUUCACUAUGCAGCACGAGAUUGCUUGCCGGUUGUACAUGAAGCUCCAGUCGGAUGCCAUUGAGGGAAGUAUCUAUGCCUAUGAGUCCAAUGAUCGCCAUUAUCUGAGACACCUCCAUCAUUUGCGAGGGCUCGUAUCCAACACCUAUUACAGUCGCUAUAAAGUGAAACUGUUGGAGGAUAGUCUCUGCAUCGUGGACAAGGAGGCGACUAGCAAGGCCCUGGGCUUUUCAGUCCCCGUUUACGGAGGGUCCUACACAGAACGGGAGAACUUGAAACACGGUGAUCUUCUCAAGCAGAUAUACUGCCUGCGCCGGGAAUUCAACCAGUUGGAAAAGUGUCCCAGUGGCAGGCCAGUUUACUCAUACGUUAAAGAUAGAGUGGAUAUCUUGGAGCUUCAUGUUUCCAGAGGAGCUCCUGUUCAGAAUCUGCAGAGCAGCCUGUUUGCCUCGGAGCCGAUACUACUCCUGCGCCUCCGCAUCCUGGACACCUUUGGUCUCGAUCCGGUCUGGCAGUCUGCGCCCAAGUGCCAACUGGAAAACAAGACACUUAACUACUUGCCACCCACGGAAAACGAAAGCUUCCACUCCACCCAGAGACGCUUUUUUAUUGAUCUCCUGAAAGCAGUACGAGAACUUCAGCCCCAGAGCAUUGUCUUCCACAAGUUCCUGUUCCUCACCCACUAUUCUGCCUCUUUGCUCCUGUUUCUCAUGGAAACGAUUUACCAGGACUGCAGUUUCGAGUGCAAUCAAUCUCAAACCCUCUCACUGACUAAAUUUAAAUCUGCGGCAAAUAAUGAGAUAGAUCAGGUGCUGGAACUCCUGAAGGACGAGCAGGCUGGAGCCAUUCACUGUCUUCUCAAGAUCAAGGAGCUGCAGAAGAACCAAUUCAGCAACGCCCUCAUUCAACACAAUAACAACGUGCUGCUUACCUGUUUCCGCGGCAUGCUGGGCGAGGAAUCAUUUCCCAUGCCGGUGGCUCCCGCGUCCAAUCCCGAGGUGUCCGCGAUCCAAGAGCCAGCGGCUGUGUUUUAACAUAACGAACAUGUAUUUCUCACUUGCAUAAAAUUACAGUGCUACUUUUACAAAA